AUGGACCUCGUUGCGACUGUCAGUCAGCACAACACCCAGGCUAAGGCUCAAGUCGAUGUUUGGCGUCUGAAUGGCCAGCGUGUGUUUGGCGCUACGUUCGGUGAGGAUGAUGACGGGGCGGAUGCAGUGGAGGAUGAGGAUGAGGAUAAGGAUCGGGGGAACGGUGAGAAUGGUGGAGACGACGGUGCUUGCGGGUUGGCCAGUCGUCGAAGAUACAAGGUUGCAGGACUUUCGUGGAGACGAGACGGUCAAAUCCUUGCAGUGGCCUCUUUCGAUGGAACAGUCUCUCUCAUUAAUGCGUUUACGGGCAAGAUCGCUCAUUGUCUGUCGACAGGCUUGCCCCCUGGUCCGCUUUCACCUGCAUCGAGUUUUAGUCCUCAACCUCAGUCUCAAUCUCAUUCCCAAAGGAGGAGAUCUCCUCGGACAUCAAAGUCUGUGGGCUGGACUGAUUCCAAUACAACUACGAAGGGGAGAUCAAAAACAUAUGUUUCGACUAUCUCGUGGACCACCCACUUCGCCGCCCCGCCCCCAUCGACUAUUCGACAGAGACUCGAGACUGGCGCCGACAGCGGAAAGAAUAUUACUCUUGAUCACAUCCUUGGUCUCAAAGCCGACAUUGAUAAACUGCUUUCACUCAAGGCCGACCUACCGUGUGAAUUGAGUGCGAUCGAUGUUGAAACGUCGUUGCCAAAGCUUGCGACUCUACCUCCCAUUGGUGUUGGAAGCGGUGAUGAUGUUUUCAGCUCAAGGGGUAGUGUUGACGCGACCUUUCAUGCCAACGAUACAGGUCUAAGUCGCGCGGUUGAUGUUUUGAUUACAGGCUUGCAGGAGCAAGGUGUCGACGGUGCAGGAGGCCGAUGUGCAGUCCAUCUAAAGAUUUUCGAUUCUUUCGAGAUCGGCGCGGUUGACGUUGGAUCGUGUCUUCCGACUCGCGAGAACGGAGCAACCGUGCAGGCUAUAACUGGCCAUCCCUAUCUAUCGACAGCUUUUCUUACCGUGCAGCAAACCGACCAUUCGCUGCAUAUCGUCGGUCUCGACCUGAGCUUUAUCACGCAGGCUGGUAGAAUGCUACCUUUAGUUGCGCGCAAGGUCACGCAGCUAGGAAACCUGCUAAGAUAUGUCUCACAGGUGCAGAUGCAACUGUCGGCUGAGGUCAAGGCGGCAUUUGACUUGCCAUCCAGGUUUCUGCGAAAUAUCAACGAAUCUCUCGCAGAAGCAGAUCCUGACGCCGAUUUUGCUUUUGCGGCACAUCAUCUUGCCGUCACGGGUGCGUGCGAGCCGAGGGUGAGGGAGUGGUUGGUCGAUGAGGUGGGCGACAGAGGACUGAAAAGGUGGGAGAAGGCUGUGGGUGACUGUCUUGAUGUGGUACGGAGAAUGACCAGCGAAUGUCUUCAACCCGCGUUGGAGCGUAUACAGGUCAUCUUGAGUCGACUGGAUGGCCUUGCGAGGUUUUCUGGGUCGAGGGAGCGUCUUGGGCUAGAUGAGAAGGUCGUUCGGCAUAUAAGAGAGACGGUCGAUGUAUUGGGGUUGUUGGCGGAAGAUAUCUUGAUUGAUGUCGGUGCCGAGAUAAGGGAUUUCGCGGUCUUUAUGAAAUGGUUGAAAUGGGAAUGUGAGGUCGAGGCGCUCGAGGAGGGAAGUGAGCGCGCAGAGGAGUUAAGGGAGAGCUGGACAGGCGAGCAAGAGUUGAGAACUGUUCUAGAUUAUGUGGGCGGUGCGAUGGGCCAAAGCAGGUUGAGGCGGUAUAUUGACGUCGGUGGCUCGACUGUGGGAGGCGAUGCUACAGCGGCGGAAUCUUUCCAUGAAGAAAGCGAUGCUGGAUUCUACGCUGAAUAUACCGAGCGAAGAAAAUCCUCCAGCAACAAAAACGAUGACUCAAUGCCAAAACUAGGCAUGUUGCUGGAACGGUUAAAGAAACAGUGCGACAUUAUUUUCGGGCAGAUCGCCGAGACGUUCAGGAAAUCUAUUCUCGCGAGCUACAUGUUUGCGCUACCUGGAGGUGUCGACGAGAGCAUGCUAGAUAUGAGGAUCAUUCCUGACCAACAGGAUACGAGUCUCUAUCGACUGGCUGCACUUGCCAGGGGCCGGGAUCACAAGCAACAAUUACAACUCACAAUCGCUGAACUUGAACAGGCUGGGAGUAAACGGUUGCAGAUGACGACUAGGUCAAGCACCACACUGCAAAUAGCAGAAGUAACGGAGAUACUAGAUGCGAAGUUUGUUGACGACCGCAUACUACUCGUCCUUACAGCCUCAGAGGGUGAUGUGCGAGUUUACAGGCGAGAAAUCAUCACCGAGACUGGCCAAGAUCGGUGGGAGCUACGUCAUGUGUUUGAAGAUGCCAAAAUGGACGCUGGUAUGAGGCCUGCGAGGCUGGAGGUCAAUGGCAGGGUCGGGAGAAGAGUGGCCGCGGUGAUUGAUCAGGCAGGUUUGGGAUUUGUAGUGUUGGAUGUGGACGCGAGCCACGAUGGCGGGGCGGAAGAGCAUACGGAAGAUGAGGCUAUGACUGGAUGA